CCGCGGCAUUCUCAUCAAGCACGGCACCGUUCUCCCAUUCGAAUUCAAACCUAGUCAUCCAUAUAUCUAACCGAAUACCGAUCUUGUAUCAAUAUUCUUUUGUACGAUAACUCGCUGUAUCGCUAUGCCUGGAGAAAACAACAACAAUCGUGGGCGCGGGUCCCCUCGAGGUCGAGGUCGUGGACGAGGAGGUGGUCGCGGACGAGGAGGUAGUCGUGGACGAGGACGAGGACGCGGGCAAGAUCGUGAUCAUGGUCAUGGUCAUAGCGACGACACUCCUGGACCUCGAAGCACCUACCCCCAUAACGAGAUGGAUGUCGUAGUUCAGGUGUGGCAAGAACCACGAUCUAACACCAACACCAACAAUGUAUCGAGAGGUGGGGGAGGGGGACGCGGUAGAGGGGGAAUUGGGUCGGGUACGUCCCAGCGAGGUGGAGGUACGCCUCAGCGAGGAGGAACUACGCCCCGCCGAGGGAUGGGUGCCAGAGGCAGAGGCAGAGGACGAGGAACAUCCGACGCUCCCCGACCAGGUUUCGGCUACAGCACCAAUCAUGACCGAAACACAAACUUCCUCAAACCUGUCAUAUUCGUCGCAGCAGUGCUCACGAAGAAGACGUUAUUCGAUGAACUGGAAGAUCUCAUACAGCCUGUGGCUGAAAGUGCCGGUCCGAGUGAAGAGAGUCAUGUUCCUACUGCAGAUCGCGUUACUCGCGUGUUCAGUGGAGUCGAUAUCCCCCCUCCACCUUCGUCGUCAUCAUCCUCAGAAGAUGGUGUUUCUGAUCGCGAGGAGGAAUUGGAGGAGGUAGACUUUGCUGAUAUGGGAAAGAUGUUUCCUAAGCUUGGUACUGCUAAGGCUUCGGCCAAGGCUCGAGUCCCACAAGCCGCUUCUUCAUCAUCUGAGGAGGUGUUCACUGGGGUAUAUAGCAAGGGAAAACAUUCUGUCGGGAUUCCUUCAUCUCAUCCAGUUCCACAGCACGAAGAUACAGAUAUAACGCCCAAAAAAUCUGUCCUCGAACCCGCCGAUGCAGUCGUCAGCGAGACGACCGCGAUUACUGUACACAGCAACACUAUGCUAGAGCCCUCAACAGCUGCCCUAGUGAUAACUAAAGACGAUGACAUAGAAAUAGUCAUCGAUACACUAGACCCCAUCUCACCCCCGCAGUCUCCCACAGCACCAAUCCUAAUUUCCGAUGAAACCACCGCUUCUCCAGCAUGUCUCCCAGCAGACGACACCCCUACAUUCUCAUUCUACGUGGAUACAGAACCUACCAAACCAUCUGCGCAUCGCUCUGCUAGUGAUGCCGUGCUUUUCGACCGUACCCCCGCCUGGGGCAGCGCUCCUCUUGGAGAAGAUGACGAACUUAUCGUAUAUGUUGCACCGCACCCACGAUCAGGACGAGCUUCGCCUGUCCCUCCUAUUCCCCGAGUACGGCUGCCCACGAAUUCCAUGUUGACAGGAACCACCAAUCCGAUGCAAAUCCACCCAGUGCCCGUGGCGCAGGAAAGUACAAUCGAUAGUCAGAGAAUACCCGCUGCGAGCGAAGCUCCCCAGUUCUCGUCCGUUUCGUUCGGGUUCGGUACCCCGACCGCGAAGAACCAGUCUCGUCAGAGACCUGUCUUCACUCCUGGCGAUCGCUCAAAAGCGAGGGCGCAAGCUAGGAGACAAGACGCUCGAGUAGCGCGUAACCGCGCCCAGCGUCAUGCGAUGUUUGGGUCUUUUGGCGCGAUACUUUCUGAAGCGAGAUUGAGGGAUGCUGAUGAACGGGAGCGGAAGGAUGUUCGGUGGGAGACUAGGCGGAGGGGUGAUUCUGACAUUGAUUGGGGUGACGAUGACGAAGAUGGAGAUGGAAGUGGUGUUCCGGAAAACGAUGGUGUUGAUGAAGUGUCUAAUGGAUUGGGAGGGAUGGAUCUGGACCCGGAUCUUGAGCCUAGUUUGGAGGCUAUGAAAGGCUUCGUCCACAGUAUGAGUGCGGAGGGAUCGCGGUAUCGCACGAUGGAUGAUAUCGAGGACGAGCAGCGGAUGAGGAUCGAGGACGAGGAAGACGACGACGGAAGCGACUCCCAUGGCGCCUAUAGCGGCACGAGCGACGAAGAAGACACGGAAGAAAAAGCAGUGUUUGAAGUGGAGGAAGAGAUGCUUAUUGCAGAAUCGGAGGGUGGAAAACCUCAUGAACCCUUACCGUUGGGUGAUUCUGACGAAGGGGAGGAUUCGUCAGAUGACGAUGACCUCAGUCCGGGAGGUAACUUCAAGGCGAGACUCCGUCGACUCCGCGAGGCAUCGCGCUCGACGAAGCCAGCAGCAGCUGCGCCUGGGGGUGAUUCAGAGGAGGAUGAGGAUGAGGAGGAUGCUUCUUUCCCGCGUUGGAAUCGAGGUGAUUCUGACAAUGAUUACAUCGCAGGAAUAGAGGAAAUGCUCGAAAUGCACAGCGGUAUAGUUGGCGGUAAAGACCGCAAACUGCGCAAGCAACUGUUCCGUGCAAUCCACAAUGGUCAAUUUGACCACGUCGAUGACUACGAAGAAUUGGACGGAUCCUUCAGCUUUCAGCCCGCGAAGUGCAAGAAAGACAAGGUGAAGGAACUACCUGCCGAGCUCCAAGAGACAUGGGAGAAAGAUCGAGCCAAGAAAGCUGAGCUCAAACGAGCUCGCGAACAGGCUCGUCUUGCCGACGCCGUAGAUCCCAUUUCUCCAAAGAAAGGCGGGAAGAAGGGGCGCAAGGCGAUGCGGGCAGCUGCAAAGAUGGAUCCGAGCGAGCUCGCUGAAAUUCAGAAUGCCAUCGUCGAUAUGGUGUCACUGGAGAAGCAGAUUCGCCGCUUCAUCAGUGAUGUGGGCGGAAAGAACAACAUGGUACUUCCUCCGAUGAACAAGGCGUCGAGGAAAGAGGUUCACGAGCUUGCUAACUCGUUUAACCUCAAGAGUCAGAGUAAAGGCCAGGGAGCUGGGAGAUAUAUCACUCUCAUCAAGUCGACGAAGACCCGUGCUGUUGAUGAACAUAAAGUCAAGAAAGUCAUGAAGAGACACGGCGGCAGAUUUGAUAAUAAUACUAGUACUGUGCCUCGACACAAAGAUGGAGAUGAAGUUGGCAAGGCUGCUCCAAAGAUCGGAGAAACGAAUGUUGGGUUCAGGAUGCUUGCUUCGAUGGGGUGGGCAGAAGGAGACAGGAUUGGUGGCAAUGCGUCCAUUGGGAUUGAUGCGCCUUUGACAGCCAUCAUCAAGAACACGAAGCUGGGUCUGGGCGCGACUCGAUAGUCACAUCUUCAGAGCGAAAUCUGAUACCUCUCAUGACCCCAUAUUGACCUGAGCCCUGAUGAAGCACAGCAAGUUUGCCGUCCUCAUGGAUAACGCAGUCUGAAUGUCACCUAGCUAUUGGACAUCACGAUGAAGUAUAGACGGGCAUAUUUCGUUGUCUCUUCACCAAGCCUACUAUAUUCUGCU